AUGACGGGUCAAACAAAAAUGAUAAUUAUAACAUCAGAUGAGAAUAUUAUUCGUCAAUUUGCUUUUAAUCAAAACACAAAUACACAUAUUAUUGAUAUGGAUAUUAAUAAUAGACAAAUAAUAUCAAUUGAAAAAAAUGAUGAUAAUAAUAAUACGAUUAAUUUGGAUUUUGUUCCUGAAUUAACUAGAAAUAAUCAAGUUUAUAAGCGAACAAUUGAAACUACCGAUCAUAAUCAAUCAAAAGCAGUUAAAACACGAAAGAAAUCGACUAAUCUGAUUUGUACUAUUUGUGGUGAUCGUGCUAUUGGAUAUAAUUAUGCGGUUCUUUCAUGUGCAUCAUGUAAAGCUUUUUUUCAUCGAAAUAGUCAUCAAGAUUUGAAAAGAUUCAAAUGUUUAACGGAUCAUGGUCAAUGUGUAAUUGAUUAUAAAAUAAGUCGAAAAUGCUAUCGAUGUCGAUUAGAACGAUGUUUUGCUAUGGGAAUGAGAAAAGAUUUAAUUUUAAGUCAAAAAGAAAUACAACGAAGAAAAGAUUCCGGAAGAAAUCGAAAUGCUUCAUCAACAAUAGAAUUGACAAAUUCUGUACUAAAUUCCGAAUCUGUUUUACCAACAUUUGAUGAAAUUGAUCGCCUAUUCAUGGAAAUCAAUCAAGAUAAUGAUAAUAUUAAUGUUCGUGAGAGUACUGAUUCAACUGAACAGUUACAAUCAUUGAGUGUUCAAGAUUUGGAAGUUAUUAACAACAUUCAUUCAUUAUUUUUAUCGAUCGUUAACGAAUGUGAAGAUCUGACUAAUUUUGAUGAUUCGUCCGAUGAAACUUCUGAAUUAAUCUGUUGCUUACAAUCUAAUAAUAAGAUCGCUCUUCAAAUUAUUAAAUUUUGUCGUCUAAUUGAUAGUUUCGAAAAUCUGAAUGCUGAUGAUCGUUUUAUUAUGAUUAAAUAUAAUCUUAUUCUUCUCUUUUGUAUCUCGACGUGUUACCUAGGUAAUCAGACAAAUGAUUGUUCUCCAGAUAGAGAACACGAAAGAGCAGAAGAAAAGCGGCAAAUGUAUAUUUUAUGUAAUCAAUCAGAUUAUAUAUAUGAAAUGGUUAUAAACGUGGGUAUUAUCUUUGAUGAUAUUAUUGAAUCGGAUGAAGUAUUAUUAUCUCUUCUUCUCGUUAUUAUCCUAUUCUCUAAAGGUUUAUCAAUGAAUGAAAAUGAACCAACACUUAAAGAUCCAUUAGCUAUGUAUCGAACUCAAUCUUACUAUACAAAAUUAUUGUGGAAUUAUAUGAUCAAGAAACAAGGUGAAACAGAAGCUUGUAAACAUUUUACCAAAUUGUUGGCAGCUAUCUUUCGAGCUCAAUCAGCAGCUGUGAGAUUUCGAGAAUUUCUUGGUAGUCAAGUGACAACAUCAGAUGCUGUCGAUGACAUUGCACCACUUAUGCGAACUAUUCUACAUAUUUCUUAA